AUGGAAGAGGGAGGGCUGGUACGGCGUUGCAUCGAAGCAGCAGCCGAGAGCGCGAAGAGCGUGGAGAAAUGGCGUAGGCAACGCAGGACCCUUGAACGGCUGCCCACCCAGUUGGCCGACGCGCUGUUCCGCCUCCUCCACCACCGCCGCCUCCUCUACCCUUCCCUACUCGAGUGAGUUAUUAUUUUUUCCGCGUGUGCGUUUGCUUCUUCGGAGAUUUGACAUGCUGUGAAGAGAGGAGAAAAAACUUCUAGGAUGAAUUUUUUUCCAUUGGCUUUAGCUUCUUGGACGAAACCCGCUGACGAAGAAUGAUUGAUUUUUGGAGCACUUUCCCUUAGUUGUUGAAAUAUUUAUCUUUUUUCAAUCCAUAGGUCCCGUGUCAUCUAUCUGAUAUGGAUUUCUUUCCUCGGGGGCUUCUCCGUGUAGGAUCUUCCAGUAUUGCUUGGAGGAGGUUGACUUUCAUGGUGAGAAUUGUAUCGAUGCAGAAUGGAUGGCGUACCUGGGAGGAUUCCGAUACUUGCGUGCCUUAAACUUGGCUGGUUGCAGAGGGAUCAACAACUCUGUUCUUUGGUCAAUUACAGGCAUGGAUUUUCUCUUUUCUAAUACUUUACUGUCACUUAUCUCUACGUUCUCCUUGUCCAGCCACUUGAACCGAAUAUGGGUAGUACACUUGUAAAGGCUGAGGGGGGAAUGUGAGAAGCAAUUGCUUAAUGGAUCUGUCGAGAAUGUGGAUGAUCAAUAACCCUGCUCUGAUGCAUGUGCCAAAGUGCGUUGGAGUAAGCUAAAGCCAGCUGAAGUGAUUGAUGCGUAUAUACCUAUUUAUGUUUUUGUUUGUAGGAAUGGUCAGUUUGAAGGAUUUGGACAUAUCAAGGUGCUCAAAGAUCACUGAUGCUGGGAUUGAGCACAUAUUAUCCAUCUCGAACUUAGAGAGACUAUGCAUUUCAGAAACUAGAGUGACCUCCAAGGGGAUCAUCCGGCUCUCUUCCCUUGUUAACUUACGUUCAUUGGAUUUGGGAGGGCUGCCUGUCACUGAUCAGGCCAUUGACUCGUUGAAGGUAUCUCUUUUCCUUUGGGAAGUUUCGAUGUUCUGCUCGUUUAUUUCACCUUCUCUGUGGAGUUCACUGCCAUAUAACCUUUUUUAUAGUCCCUGGAGCUAGAUAUGAACUUGCACCAAGAAAAAAUGCAAGCCCAUGUAAUUCUGCUUCUUAUUUUUGAAGAGAAAGUGACCGUACUUUCCCAAACAUCUGAAUCUUAGUCGCUUCGAAGUUGUUGAUCUUGGAUACAAACGUUUUCAGUCUUCUAUGUAACUUCUGCUUUGUCUCAGGUACUGGUGCAGCUUGAGUACCUGGAUUUAUGGGGCAGUGAGAUCACCAACGAAGGUUCUCUGCUAUUUACCAGGUUCCCAAGGCUGGCUCACCUCAACAUAGCCUGGACCGAAGUCAACUGUCUGCCAAAUCUACCCUCACUCAUUCAUCUGAACAUGAGUAACUGUUCUAUCCACUCUAUUUUUCAAGGGCAUGGCCCUGUGAAGCCUUCUUUAUCAGAACUUCUAGUCCAUGGAGCUACAUUCGCUGAUGUGGACCAGGCAUUCUCUUAUCUGAAUAUCGACCACCUGUCUGUCUUGGACUUGUCUUCCUCUGCGAUUUCCGACUUCAACUUCUUAGUCAGAAUGCGCUCACUUGAGCGUUUGGAUCUCAGUUCUAGCCUGAUGACAGACUACCUAAUCACUCCUGUUGCAAGUACAGCAUUCAAGUUGAGAGAUUUAAACCUCAGCAACACCAAGAUCACCACUCAGUCCAUGUGCAUUUUAGCUGGGAAAGUUCCAAAUCUGGAAAAAUUAUCCUUGUCUGAGUCCAUGAUUGACGACACAUCUCUGCAAUACCUCACUUUGAUGCCUUCAUUAAGGACCAUUGAUCUAAGCAAGACUGGCAUUCAAGGUAAAGAGCGUCGGGCCCGUUUAUUGUGCUUCAUCUGUGGAAGAAUACUGGUUUUGACGGGCACUUAUUCAUUUUUAUUUCCAUCUCUGCCCCUCAGGUUGUACUUACGCCGAAGGAGACCGUCUAGCCAAGAUAUGGUCGCUGCCUGUGCUGCAGAAUCUUGAUAGCCUGGAGAUUUUAAACCUGGAAGGCACCCGAGUGAGAGAUGAUUCACUUCAUCCUCUGGGCUUGUUGAAGGGAUUGAAGCAUUUAUAUCUGAAGAGCGAUUUCCUGUCAGAUGUCUCUUUCCACACCAUGUCGUCCCUGCCUGAUCUGAGGGUCCUCGGAUUUCAAGGGGCUGUGUUGACCAACAACGGGCUCCUUUCAUUUCGGCCUCCGGAGAGGCUGCAGGUGUUGGACCUGAGAGGAUGCUGGCUCCUCAGCAAGGACGGUAUCUCCUCAUUCUGUGGAGCCUUUCCUCAAAUAAAAGUCAAGCACGAGUCCGUCCAGAUGCUUCAUUUGGAUCAAAGCCAGAAACUCGGCUCGUCGAAGCUGAAACCUGAUCUUACCCAAUGCGAGCCCUUGGGAGGCCACCACUUCACAGGUGAAGACUAGCUUCUUCUUUUUUCUUUAUUUUUUUUCUUUUUUUGGGUGUUAAAAAUGUGGCUUCACUGGGUGCUCAGGGGAUCUGAGUAGUCAAAGUUUUUUUUUUUUUUUUUUUCUGGGAUAGAUGAGAGGAUAAAGUACAGCAGGGAGGAAUUGAUGGAGUUGACGUCUUCCCCUCCGUCAGAUGUGCUAGCAGGCUCCCUUUCUCUCCUCCCCGUGGCGCUGAAGAAGGCGGACGACCGUCCGGAGGCUUGA